AUGGCCCCACCAAAGCGCCCGAUCUUCGAGCCCACUGAGCCAGUUCGUCCCCUGAAGGAUGAAGUGGUGGAGGUGAUCCGGCCGUGGCGCUUCAGUGAGGACAAGCCGCCGUAUACUACGAGCGAACUGAUUGUCAUGAUGCUCGUGAUGCAGGACCUGAGACCGCAGACUAUGCAGAGUAUCCACUACAACAUUCUCCGGAGUUUUGGAUACUUCGCUGACGAGGCUCUAUUGAUGUUCGUGGGCGAGGUACAAGAGGAAAGAAGCAAGUACCACCGCAUGGCACAUGGCACGAGCGCCCUGGAAAGCGACUAUGAUGGUCCAUUCGAACACAGCAUUCAUGGCCUCUACGAAACCGUAAAGGAGUUUGACAUUCCGUUGACGUGCAAUCGGCUUCUCGACAACGGAAGAACGUUGACAGACUUCGAAGCCGAGUUUACCAUCUCUGCUGAGGCUGCACGGGUUUGUCUGCGCGACAUACUCGAGCCGGAGCGAGACGGCACUUUUGACUUCAUGGCGCUACCUCCAGAAAUUCGGGAGAAGAUCUACAAGAUGCUCUUGGUCUACCCGAAACCUGGUCUUAUAAUAGACAGUCAAGUGCUCUACGACUGGGACAGUCAACUUGGUGUACAGUCUCGAGAUGAUGCUGAGGCAGAGCUUCCCCCAGCUGGCGGUUCUCAGAUACUUCCGAGUAUCAAUUUCCAGGUGCAGGGGCUGGCUGAGACGCUCGACAUCCUCAAAGUCUCGAAGCAGAUCCGUCAUGAGGCGCAACCGGUGUUUUUUGGACUCAAUACUUUCCAAUUCGGUUCUCUCAAGCACCUAGGCGAUACGCUUCGUACGAUGAGGACUGAGGCUAUCAAGGAAAUCGGGGACCUCCGUGUCGUUCUGGAAAAAUACAAGUUCCCUAACGGUCUGCAUGCGCUGGAAGGACUUGACAGGCUUCUCCCUGAGCUUUCGCCGAAGAAGCUUGUGCUGAUCGCGCCGCGCGAUACAUGGUUCUGGUCCGCAUGCUGUGGAGACGGUGGCGAGAACAGAUCCGCGACGGCACAGGAGAUGAUGACUCUAGACAGCGUGGAGGGACUGAGUGGGGUUCUUACGAUGGCCAAGAAAGCAAAGCAUCUGGAGAUAUUGGGUGAUGGGAUUAUGGGAGACUGGGUGCGCAUGAAGCUUGCAGAGCCAGAGGAGGCGCAGGAAGGGGAUGAAAAGGCGCAGCAAGAAUUUGCAGAUCAGGACGAAGGCAUCGAUACUGAUACUGAUGGUUAUGGCGGAGCAGCUGGUCCGUCGACAGUCUAA